AUGAUGCGUCUUCUUAUAUUUUUCUUCAUCGUUUUUAUUUGCGAGAAAGGAAGCGGAACGAUAUAUCAAUGUAAUACAAAUGCUUCAUGUGGAUGUUCAACUUCAUCUACUCUUUUAACACGUAUUGUUGGUGGUGAAACUGCAGUUCAACAAUCUUGGUCAUGGAUUGUUUCUGUUCGUUCUCAUGGAGAACACAUAUGUGGAGGAUCAGUUCUUUCACCAUCAUACAUUAUUACUGCUGCUCAUUGUAUUAAAGAUAAACAUAAUUUUAAAAGCAUUACUAUUCUUGCUGGAUCACUAACUUUAAAACCUUCAUCAAAUGAUUUAUCUCAAAUUCGUUCAAUUACUAAAGUCUACAAACAUCCUGAUUAUAAUUCUCAUUCGUUGAUAAAUGAUUUGGUUCUUCUUCGUUUGUCUAGUCCAUUAAAUAUGAUAUAUGGAAAUAUCAAAGCAAUCUGUUUACCAUCUGGUACUGUUCCUCAACCACCAGACAAUAUGGAUAUGAUAGCUAUUGGCUGGGGUACAACAUCAACGUGGACAGAUGAAUUUUCUUCAACCCUUCGUCAAGUUACAGUACAAUCCAUAGCAAGUACGUCUAAUAGAUGUCAACGGGUUAUUUCUGAUAGUAAACUACAAUUUUGUGCUGGAGUACGAACUGGUAACAAAGAUACUUGUAAAGGUGAUGGUGGUGGACCACUAAUGGCAUUUGUUAAUAACAUUUGGCAACUUUAUGGUGUCACAUCCUAUGGAUAUGGAUGUGCAUCACCUGACUAUCCAGGAGUCUAUACUCGUGUUAGUUAUUACAUAAAAUGGAUCAAAUCUAUCAUGCCAUUCGACGAAAUUACGACUAGCACAAGCAACAAUCCAAUGACAACUAUUACUACCACAAGCAAAAACCCAAUGGAAACAACGACAAUCACGAGCGAAGAAUCAAUGACAACUACUACAAGCGAAAGACCGAUAACAACUAUAACUUCCACAAGCGAAAAACCACUGGAAACUACGGCAACUACGAGCGAAGAAUCAAUGACUACUAUAACUACUACAAUAAGUGGAAAACCAAUGGAAACUACAACUAUCACUAGUAAAGAACCAAUGACAGAUAUACCUAUUACCAGUGGAAAACCAACGGAAACUACAACUAUCAGAAGUGAAGAACCAAUGACAACUAUAACCACCUCAAGCGAAGAACCAAUGAUAACUACGGCUAGUACAAGCAAACAACCAAUGACAGAAUUACUAUUACAAAUAUCGAAUAGUGAUAAAUAUUUAAGAAUUCAAUUAUUGCUUUUUAUAUUUCUUCUGCUAAUCAUAAUCAGUAUAUUGACAUUGCUCUUCUUCUUCUUUUAUUAUAAACCCAUUAAAUGGCCAAUAGAACAUUAUAAUCGGACAUGA